CACCAUCGGUGUUCUGAUCGUCUGUCCUCACAGCCUCAUCAAAAGGACACAGAUGAUGAGGACUUCGGAGGACCAGAACCAGCCAGUAAUUCAGAUCUAGACGCACAUCUGCAACCUGAGACUGACGACAGCAAUGAAUCGGGCUUAAAUCAUGAAAACCCUGUCAGUGAUUCGAGAUUUAGCGCUGGCCAGAAAUCGUUUAGCUGCUCCACAUGUGGGAAAAGAUUUGACCGCAAGACGCUUCUGAAGCGACACAUGACGACUCACACAGGAGAAAAACGUUUCAGCUGUUCAAUUUGCGAGAAGUCGUUCAGACAGAGCGGACAUUUGCACACGCACAUGAAAAGCCACACAGGAGAAAAACCGUUCGGCUGCUCCGAGUGCGGAAAAAGAUUCGGACGCAAGACGAUCCUGAAGCAACACGUGUUAUCUCACAGAGGAGAGAAACCUUUCAGCUGCUCGGUUUGUAAGAGCUCUUUCACGCAGAGCGGGCACUUACAGAAACACAUGAGGAUCCACACAGGAGAGAAGCCUUUCAGCUGCUCCGAGUGCGCAAGAAUUUUCGGCACCAGGACGGGUCUGAAAAGACACAUGAGGACUCAUACGGGAGAGAAACCGUUCGACUGCUCCGUGUGCGGUAGAAGUUUCUCUCACAAGCAAACCUUAGUGCGUCACAUGAGAACCCACACAAGAGAAAAACCUCUAAGUCCCUCAGUUUGGAAGAGCUUUUUAACGCAGAGUGGAGUCUUAAAGACAGAAACCGUAAUCCGUAGUGGAGAGGACUGUAUAGGACCAGAACCAGACAGGAAGUCAAAUUCAGAUACACAUCGACGACCUGGAACUGAUGACAGUGAUGAAAUCCUGAUCCGAGUCAUUUGAUAUGGCGAUGUGGGGUCCCGAAAUGAUACUUCCAUAUCUCUAUUUAACACAGAGGCACAGUGCACACUUUAAGACCACUUCCUAAAACCUUUGCACCUUAACAAACAACUUAGCAAGGAAUUGCCAAAAAAUUAUUAAGGAAUUGGUUUAAAAAAGAAGUUAUAAGAAAAUUACCCGAAAAUAAGCAAAAAAGUAAAACAAAA